AAAGUUCUCUUUGCUCACUGGUUGCUGAAUAAUAAAGGACUUUGUUUUUGACCUUGUCCCUGUGUUGUAAGCAUGGAGUCUGCUGAGCUGAGAGCGGAGCUAAACUGUUCCAUUUGCCUGUCCAUUUAUACUGAUCCUGUAAUGCUGACAUGUGGCCAUAACUUCUGCCAGGUGUGUAUAGGGAACGUGCUGGAUGGCCAAGAGGAACAGGGAGUUUAUUCCUGCCCGGAAUGCCGUGAAGAGUUCCCCGAGCGGCCUGCUCUGCACAGAAACCUGAAGCUGAGCAACAUAGCAGAGCAUGUCCUGACGGCUCAUUCGGAGCAGAGGGAGUCUGGGAUAUUGUGCACUUACUGUGAAUCUGCUGUACCUGCUGAUAAAACAGGCCUACACUGUGAUGCCUCCUUGUGUCACAGUCAUUUAACUGAACCCACCACUUCCUCUGGGAUGGGAAAAUGCUCUGUACACAACGAAACCCUGAUGUAUUACUGCUGCGAUGAUGAUGUCUGUAUCUGUGCCUCUUGCGGACUGUUUGGGGACCACAGGGGACACCAGUUGGAACCAGUAAAUAAGGCCUCUGGAAAGAAGAAGCAGAAGCUCAAUACAGUCAUGGAUCAACUGGUAUCUAAGAAGGAAAAUACAGAUAAACAAAUCCGGGUGCUGCUGCAUCAGAUUAGAGACAUACAAGAAAAGGCUUUGAGUUUAGCUGGGAGGGUGACCAUUCUGUUUAAGGAUAUUAAUAAAUUGUUAGGGGAUCUAGAGCAUAAAGUCAAUGAUGAGAUCUUCCGGCAAGAAGAACAGGAGUUGCACCGUAUCUCUGACCUUGUACAGCAGCUGGAGACAAAGAAGGAUGAGAUCUCCAAGAAGAUUCUUCACAUUGAGGCAACACAUGAUGGCACUGAUCCUUUAAGGGUCCCACAGGAAACUUUAGAAGAGAGUGAGAUGUUCCAGAGGGACACAGGAGAUGAUUUAAAUACAGUUGGUUGCCUAGAUGAGACAUCCAUCUCAUUGAUGUUAGACAAAGGCCUUAGAAACUUUGCUGACCAAGUCCUUGAGCUCAGGGCCAAACAGCAGCUUCCAGUGCUGGGGAUUCCAGAUGUAUUACUGGAUGUAACAACUGCAAAUAAUUACAUCGUUAUAUCGGACGAUAUGAAAUCGGCGUCUUUUACAUCUAAAAACCAGAGGAGGCCAGACGGCCCGGAGAGGUUCAUAUCAUGUCAGGUCUUAAGCAUCGAUGGUUUCUCCUCAGGCCAACACUACUGGAAGGUGGAUGUGAGCAAAGCCAAAGUAUGGAAUAUAGGGGUGGCCUAUGCAAGUAUAGAGAGGAAAAUAGACGGCCCAGAGUCUUACAUUGGCUUUAAUAAGAAGUCCUGGAGUCUGGCUUUCCAGAACACAUUGGGUGCUCUUCACAAGAAGAAAGGACAGAAGAUAAUCUAUUGCUCUCCUUUACAGACAGUUGGGAUUUUCCUGAAUUACGAGGCUGGGCAGCUGUCCUUUUAUCAAGAAUCUGACACCAAGCGGCACUUGCACACCUUCACUGCCACCUUCACUGAGCCCCUUCAUGCUGCUUUUUUUAUACCGGAAGAUAGCCACAUAACAGUGUGGGGUGGGAAGGGUAUUUAUAGUACAUAAUACAUCAUGUUAUUACAGGUUGCUAUGAGUUACUAGACCUCGCUCAAACAUUGUGAUUUUCAUUACAUUACCCAAGUGUCAGUGAUCUUAAUUUCUAAUAAUGCAUUCAGAACUACUGUUGCAGAUGGUGGCCUAAAAACCCGUGGGAAACUGGUUUGGGUCUGGUCAACACUUUAUUAGCAGGUCACAGGCAGGUGACAGGCCUGACUCUCUGCCCAAAACCUCAGUGGGUACCAGCUCAUCAGCAUUC